AAUUUUCCGGAAGUGGGGUUUACGCGCAAGUUACGCGGGCGGCAUAUAUGAAGAUACACCACUGCGAGUUAAAUCCGAGAGGUAAAACAGUUGAACGAUAUAUUGAAUAGACAACAUCUAAAAAUAAGCAAACGUAAAAUAUUGCGUAUUUCUGGAGUAGACGUGACAUGGCAAGAAGGAAAAGACUACAGAAACAGAUUCCUCUUGAUGGGCCUAACGUUUCUACACUCACUGGAGACGUGGACGAUUAUGUUGAUAGUCGGCUAAUUGAUAUAAUUAGUUCCGAAUUAAGAGACAAAGUACAUGAAAAGAAGGAUCCAUGUAAGGCCAAAUGUAGGAGGAAGAACAUUGACUCAGUGCGGUGGAGAAAGAGGGACCAGUUGGGACGAUUGACUAUUGAGAAUCGACUAUUGAGAACUCCCUCAAGAGAUAUCACAUCUGAAUGUCGAAUGAGGUCGACACGACCUCAAUAUGAAGAUUCAUCAGAAGACGUUGCUGAUACAACAGAUGGCACUUCACCUCGACGGUUUGAGGAGACACUUCAAUUGAUUGACAAAAAUAUUCAAGAACUCAAGGAGAGCUUAGACAGCCCAGACAUUUAUCCAUCAGAAACUUACAGCAUACGGACCUGGGAUUUGCGGCAUGAAUUAUGUGACGAAAAGUGGCAAAAAUCAAGACCACAUCUUUUACAAGCCAUGUUAACAAGCGGAAGGACACCUCAACAAGCUUGCCAACAGUGUCAUGUGGAAGAGGCUGUUAUUCGAUGCAGAGACUGCCUCCCCAAAGAACUGUAUUGCAGUAACUGUGAUGUGUCAGUGCAUCACCAGUAUGUUCUACACAACAGGGAGUCAUUUGUGGGAGGCUUUUACAAAGCCAUGUCACCGAAAUGCAUCGUUACAAAAGACAGCACUGGUGAACAUGUAGUUAGUGAGCAAAAUUGUCUCCUACCGAUCGCUUUGCCCAACAAGAUUUGCUGUUGUGGUGCUGAGGAUGUUUCAGUGAAUGCUGGUCGUGCCAUUAUCUUCAUAAAUAUUAAUGGUCGCUAUGAUCUCUCCCUUCCUUUGGUAACCUGUAAGUCUUGCCUAAAAUCGUGGACACCUGAGGUCAAAGACCUUAUAUUAAAUGGGUACUGGCCUGGAACCAUUGAGUUUCAAACAGUUUACACUGUCGACCUGUUCAGUACCUUUGAAGACUUUAAAGUCACAGCACCUGGCCUAUCCAGACAGGCCUUUGUGAGAAUGCUGCAAAGCCGCUCAAUGCGUUCUGGCAGAGUUGGUACAAUAUCAGUGGACUGUUUUCAGCGCAGUUUUCUGGAAUGGACGUACUGUAGACAUGAGAUGGAAACACUUCUUGGAGAUGACCAUUUCUCCUGCCCAGCUUGCAGUCAGGAUAUGCUGGCAGUGUCUCUUGAUGGGAACAGGAAAAUGUACAGGUUUAAUCGCAACGGGAUAAAUGAAAAUCCAUAUUUUGACGGAAACCUUCUUUGCCAAAAAUGAAGAGGUUGCAGAGUUUUUGCAAACUAUUAGAGACAAAAUCAAAACUUCACCAGGCCGACCCAUUUGUGGAAACUCACACUUUAAAGUUGGUAGUGAGUCUAACAAGAAGUCUCAAUCCAAACUUGAUGAAGAGGGUGUGAUGAUUUCAGUCUGUAGACACUGCAUUCUUUUGAAU